AUGUCCCAGCAGCAACAUCGAAAUGCAGCAGAGGACGUUUCUGGGAUUGAUGACCAUGACGACUGGGCAGAGCCAGUCGAAGGGAUACAGCAAUUGGCACCCCCACUUGAUGACGACUCACUUACAGGAUGCACGCCACAGGACGAAAACAACGGAGGGCAGCCCGUUGGCGGAGAGCCCUCUGAGCACGAAUGGUGGACUAAAGCCCUUGGAGUUUACAGUGACAUCACACGAGAAUUUGAAGCUACAAAUGAAGGUGUAGUGACGACGAGCUUUAGAAUUGCCCAUUUAAUCGCCCAACGACUUCAGUCAUUCUCCACUGGGCCUUUUAUGAAAGAAUACCUCGACAUGUCUACGCACACAACUCCACGCCUUACAGAAGACCCUAGUGCAGAUGUUGAGCGACAGCUAGCGGUGCGGCUGAGCGACGACGUGGCGGUGCGGCACGUGGAGCGGCUGGUGCCGGUGUGCGCGCACGACCACGACCACGACCACGACCACGGCCACGGCCACGACCACCACUGCCGCUGCCGCGGGCACUCGCGGCGCGCCUCCAGCAGCGACGACGAGCAGCGGUCGCGCCGCCGCCGCCGCCACCACCGCCACCCCCACCAGCACCAGCACCAGCGGAGGCGGCGCCGCCCCCACUCCCCGGGCGCCGAGCCCGCCUCCGCCUCCGCCGCCGCCCCCGGCGCCGCCUCCGGCACGGCGCCCACUUCCGACGACGGCGGUUCGCCCCCGGCGCACCGCCGCCACGACGCCAGCGGCCAGCGCCGCAAGCACAGCACGCGGCCGCGCAGGGACGGCGAGGACCUGUCGGACGCCGGGCGGAGGCGGCAGAAGCGGCGGGCGAGCGGCGACAGCCAGGGCAGGCGGAGGCAGCAGGGCCGGUCUUCCAGCGCCAGCAGCGGGGGCGGCGACGAGGAGCGCGACCGGCGGCGGCGCCAGCGGCAGGGGCAGCCGCGCGGCCCCCGGGGGCGGCGGUCCGCCUCCACCUCCGCGUCCGCCUCGCCCUCUGCCUCGGACUCCGGUGACAGUGCGCGGCGGGGCAGGCGGCGACGGCGGCGGCACGGCGAGCGACGCGAGCGCGCAGGCUCCGCCUCCGAAGAGGCCGACCGGGGCGAGGAGGAGGCCGAGGAGGAAGAGGAGAGAGUGGGGGGGAAGGAGGGAGGGCGGGGGACGGCGAAGGAGCCUCGUGACGGCAGGGGCGGCGGCGGCGGCGUCGACGACGACGACGACGACGACGACAACGACGUCCAGGUGUGUGUAGGCAAGCGAGCGGCGCCGCGGCGUCGUGGCGAGAGGCGCCACGGCACGGCCACAUCCGAGAAGGUGCCGGCCCCCGCCUCCAGGAAGACCAAGGACGAGAAGAAGAGCAGGACCAAAGACAAGGACCUCGCCGUGGUCAAGGAGGAGGAGGUCAAGAAGAGAACUGCCGUUCAGUCGUCUGUGGAGGCGGGGAGCGGCAAGAAAAAGAACAACAGUGUAAAAUCUGCGUCAAAUGGCGACGCUAGCAAGUCUGAAGCCAAGAAGACGAAUGCCAAGGUGAGACUAGCAGAUGAGGAAGCGAAACCCCUGUCUAAAGGAAUCAGUGAGGAUGCAGAGAGAGCAGAGGAUACACAGACUAGUUCUUCCACGACGGUCGCCCGCGAGCUCCUGAAAGCUAUAUCGACCGAGAAAUCUGUGACGAGCAUCGACGAUGAAGUUGCUGCGGAAGAGCCGCCAAAAGGACACCUUUCUCGAGAGCCUUCACGUAACGAGUUCCCCAGUGAGGAUCAGCCCUCAGCAGAGGCUCCAGACGAAGGAGCCGGCCUCGGGGAAGAGGCCUCUCGGGACGCGGAGGCUGGGGAGCCCUUCGCAGGUCUCCCGAAGGAAAGGACGGACAGCGUCUACACCACCUCGUUGGAUGAGGGGGCUACGCAACAAGUGGUGACAGCGAUAGUGCACCACGAGCCCGCAGACGACAGUGAGCGGACGUCCCUCCAGCCCAGCGAACUGGAGGCCGACAACGGACCUGCAGAUCGAGACGAACAGGCCCCAGCCGAAAACCGGCAGCACCCGAGUGAGGUCCCCGAAGAUGGCCGACCUGCUGACGUCGACACUUCUACGAUAGAUAAGGAGCCGUCGAUUGUCGAGCAGGACAAAAUUGAUGACAGCAGUGAUGCUAUGGAAGAAGGCACUGGUGGUGGUGAAGAAGUGGACACUGAAGCUGAUAACACGAAAGGGUGCGAAAGUGCGGAUCAGGAUGAACAGUCCACUGGGGAAAAGAACCCUGAAGAGGAACCAGCAGAGAAAGAGUCACUUAAAGGUGAAGCAGACGACGACGCAGGGAAAUCUGACAGCGAGAAUAACGGAGCGGACGAGAAGCGGCACGACGUCUCAGAAGCCGGGAGUGGUGUGGCCGGAGAGAGCAGGAAGGACGUGUCACGGGCGGAUGACGAGGUGAGCGCUGCAGACGCCGUGGACGAGGAGGGCGUCGUGGCCGACGCCUCAGAGGCGACGGCAGCCUCCAGCAGCCGGAUGGCUCCGUCUGAGGUGGUGGACAGCGAGGAACGCGUCUCCACGACUGAGCAGGACCCGGCCAGUAGAAGGCGCCGCCAGUCCACCAUGUCAGGGGCUGCAGAGAUCCCCAGCGACGAAGAGGCUCCAGCCAGGCGAGAGUCGGCUACCAGGACGUCCUCCACGUCAACUCUCCCUGCCAAGGAGAGCCAGGAGGAAAGCGGAGAGGAGUCGGAAGGAGACGAGGGUCGAGAACAAGAGGAACUGGAGGUCGAGGACGCCGUGCAGAAGCGGGAGGAGGGUGAGGAAGAGAUUUCGGCGGAGCCUGUGCUCACGACCGACCAUGUGGUUCACCACCUUGCACAGGAAAAACUUGAGAGUACAGCUAUUUUGAGACAGUAUGCGGUGCUGCUGAGACGCUGCUUGUAG